UCAGUGUGAAAGCAACUGUCGAGUAAGCUAGAAGAACUUUGUCCCCCAAUUUCACAUGAGCUUUGUUGCUUCAAACUCCUGAGAUGAAGGGAGCAAGGUUAUUUGUUCUGCUUUCUAGUUUAUGGAGUGGGGGCAUUGGACUUAACAACACCAAGCAUUCUUGGACUACACCUGAGAAUGGAAACUCCCAGAAUAUGACCUCUGCUUCAGUUCCUCUAAAUAAAAUACAAAGUCACCAAAUGCUGCCAACCACUCGGGUCAUGUCAGCAGAGACAGCUACAACUCCUGAGACAAGAACUUCUGAAGAGAGUCUUCUAAAAUCCAUACUGCCUCCUGCAGAGACAAGUGCACCUCCCAAGGGUGUGAGAAACCAAACUCUCACACCCACAAAGAAGACAGAAGAAGGGGGAGUGAAAUUACAAAACCCUGCCCUCCCAACCGAAUCUACUAGCAUCAAGUUCAAUCCUGGAGCGGAGUCAGUAGUCCUUUCCAACUCUACGCUGAAAUUUCUUCAGAGCUUUGCCAGAAAGUCAAAUCAACAAGCGAUCUCUCUAAACUCAACUGGAGGCACGGGAAAUAGAUCCCCACGGGAAACGUACCUCAGCAGAGGUGACAGCAGUCAAAGCCAAGGAACCAGUUACCCAAAAUCAAGCUUCGAAACAACUAGAGGAAAGAAUUGGUGUGCUUAUGUACAUACCAGAUUAUCUCCUACAGUGAUAUUGGACAACCAGGUCACUUAUGUUCCAGGUGGAAGAGGACCCUGUGGCUGGCCCAGUGGAUCCUGUCCUCAGAGAUCUCAGAAAUUAUCCAAUCCUGUCUACAGGAUGCAACAUAAAAUUGUUACUUCAUUGGAUUGGAAAUGCUGUCCUGGAUACAGUGGACCAAAAUGUCAGCUAAAAGCCCAGGAACAGCAGCCACUGAUACACAGCAGCCAGGCUGAAAGUCAUGAAGCUGCUGGCAGAGGGUCAGCUGAGCAACAGCAGCAGAAGCAACUGCAGCGGGAGCAGCAAGACUGUGGUGAUCCAGGUCGUCUAAAAUCCAAAAGCAUUAAUAAUCUGGUAAAGGACAUAGUAAGAGAACAAUUUAAAUUUUUUCAAAAUGACAUGCAAGAGACUGUAGCACAGCUCUUCAAGACUGUAUCGAGUCUAUCAGAGGACCUUGAAAACGUCAGGCAAGUAGUUCGACAAGUUAAUGAAUCUGUGGUUUUAAUAGCAGUUCAGCAAAAGUCUGUUUUAAUGCAAGAAAAUAGGCCCACUUUGAUGGAUAUCGUAGAGCUAAAGAAUCACAUUGUGAAUGUAAGGCAAGAAAUGACUUUUGCAUGUGAGAAGCCUAUUAAAGAACUAGAAGCAAAGCAGGCUCGUUUAGAAGGUGCUCUAGAAAAGGAACACUCAAGGAGCUUUCUGUAUUAUGAAUCCCUCAAUAAGGCACUUUCUAAAAUGAAGGAGGUACAUGAGCAGCUUUUAUCCACUGAACAAGUAUCAGACCAGAAGAACAUUCCAGCUGCUGAAUCAGCUAGUAAUAAUGUCACUGAGUACAUGUCUACUUUACACGAGAAUGUAAAGAAGCAGGGUUUAAUGAUGCUGCAAAUGUUUGAUGAUUUGCAUAUCCAAGACACCAAGAUUAACAAUCUCACCAUCGCUUUGGAAAUGGAGAAAGAAUCUGUCAGGGGUGAAUGUGAAGACAUGUUGUCCAAAUGCAGAAAUGAUUUUAAAUUUCAACUUAAGGACACAGAGGAGAACGUACAUGUGUUAAACCAAACAUUGGCUGAGUUUCUCUUUCCAAUGGACGAUAAGAUGGAUAAAAUGAGUGAGCAACUAAAUGAUUUGACUUAUGAUAUGGAGAUCCUCCAACCUUUGCUUGAGCAGGGAGCAUCACUUAGACAGACAAUGACGUCUCAACAACCAAAGGAAGCAGUAGUGAUAAGGAAAAAGGUGGAAAGUCUGACCACUGCUGUCAAUAGUCUAAAUUUUCUCAUCAAAGAACUUACAAAAAGGUACAACUUACUUAGAAAUGAAGUACAGAGUCGUGGUGAUGCCUUAGAAAGACAUAUUAAUGAAUAUGUCUUAGAAAUGGAAGACGGCCUAAAUAAGACAAUGAUUAUUAUGAACAAUGCCAUUGACUUCAUUCAAGAUAACUAUGUGCUAAAAGAGACUUUGAGUACUGUUAAGUAUAAUCCCGAGGUCCAUCAUAAAUGUACCCAAAAUAUGGAAACUAUUUUGGCAUUUAUUUCUCAAUUCCAACAUUUGAAUGAUUCUAUUGAGAUGUUGGACAAUGAUAAUCAGAGAUACAACUUUGUUUUGCAAGUUGCCAAGGCCCUUGCAAAUAUUCCUAAAGAUGAGAAACUAAAUCAGUCCAACUUUCAAAAGAUUUAUGAAAUGUUCGAUAAAACCACUUCCCAAGUGAUAAAAUACCAGCAAAAUAUGAGUCAUCUGGAAGAAAAAAUACUUGCAGCAACUAAAAUUGCCAGAAAUUUUGAAACUCGCUUGCAAGGCAUUGAAUCUAAAGUGACCCAGAUGCUGAUACCAUUUUAUAUUUCAAUUAAAAAAGGCAGUGGAACCACAAAUGACAGAAACCAGGCUCUUCAACUGCAGGUGUUAAAUUCCAGAUUUAAGGCACUGGAAGCAAAAUCCAUCUAUCUUUCAAUUAACUUCUCUUUGCUUAACACCACUCUCUAUGAAGUUUUAACAGUGUGUCAUGAUGCAUCUAUGAGUAUAUCUGAACUGAAUGCUACCAUACCUAAGUGGAUAAAAGGUUCCCUGCCAGAUAUGCAGCUUCUUCAGAAAGGUCUGACUGAAUUCGUGGAAUCAAUAAUUGAAAUAAAAACUCAAGCUGCCAUGUCUAAUUUAACUUGGUAUAUAGAUCAAUCUUUGUCUGGCAGUCUGGGAAAUGUGAUCAAGUCUCAGAAGCAAGUUAAAUCAUUGCUGAAGAAACCUGGUACACUUAAGAAACCAACAGUCAAUCUUACCACUGUCCUGAUAGGCCGGGCUCAGAGAAACACGGACAACAUUAUAUAUCCUGAAGGUCCUCAAAACCCUGCACAAGUUUGGUGAUUCACAAGAAGCACUCUUCGGACUUGGGAUAUAGUGAUGUUCGUGUUCACAGCUAAGAUUUAUUAUGAUAAAAAGAUACACAAUAGGAGGGUAGACACAGUGAAUGACUCUUAUCAGCUGGGGACUGGAGAGAAGUCACAUUCCCAGAUGCUGCCCAAGGGCAAAACCUUGCAAGUAGGCCUUUCUAAAGAUAGCAGUUUCCAGCCUCCUAUGUUAACUCUUCACUGUGCAUGAUCUUAAAGAUACUU